AUGGUAAGCUACGACGAGCUUUCAGACCUACUAGGCACAUAUCUAGACCUCAUCAUCCUCCGCCGCUUCGGGCGCUUGGCGUCACAAGUAUUGCUCCAUCUACAGGUUGAAAUCCUUGAACUCGACGAUGACCUCGACUUUCUCAGAGCAGCCGAGAAAACCGAUCUCGAACAACAAGAGCAUGCAAAGUCUUGGGCCAAGGCGAAUGACUCAAUCGCCCAGGGGAAACGGAGCAUCCGAAAAGAACUGAUUGAAGAUGCUGAGAAGAAACUUCUGAGAUAUUAUCAAUUUGUCACACAGACAUCUGGCGUGCUCAAGCUGCCCCGGCCUGAUCGGUGCGACAUGGAUUUCCUGUGCACUUGGCUGGAGAGUGAAAGAGGAGGUCAAAACUUUCUCAAAAAGCACUCGGCCGCCGAGGCCAGAGCGUGGGAUCCCCAGCAAGCCAGAGACCUCAUGACUGUGAACAAGCGGAGAGACCGUUUCGCGGCCUGGGUGAGCAACACCAUAAUGCCGAUAUAUCACAGCAAAAUUGGCCACCGCAUUCAUCCAAGGAUUGAUGAUGGGUCCAUCGGGCCGCGAUACUGGUACGACGAUGGUCACUUCGCGGCUGUAGGGAAUGUUAUCUGCACCGUGCUUUCGUCGGUCAUUCCGUCUAUCUCCAUCGUUGCCCUCUACUAUAUUCAAAAUAUCCUUGCUCGGCUGCUGGUCAUCAUCGCCCUGUGCACCUUGUUCUCGUUGAUCAUGAGCUUCGUGGCGCAAGGUCGCCGAUACGAGGUCUUCGCCGCCACGACGGCCUUUGCAGCCGUUCAGGUCGUUUUUGUUGGUGGUGUAAACUUCGUGGUUGGAACCCAGCCACAACCAGCUUAA